AUGGACCGGGCCAGGUGGUCUGUGCUCCAGGGGGUGUGGAUGGGCCAGGCCAAGUUCUCCAGGGGUGUGGACAGGGGUGUCACAGAGUGUGGACCAGGGCCAGAGUGGUCUCCCGGGGGUGUGUGCAGACCAGAUAUGGGUCUCCGGGGACGUGGACCCAGGGCAGGUGAAGGUCCUCCAGAUGGUCUCGGGGUGUGGACCAGGCCAGGUGUGGUCCUCCCAGGUGUGUGGACAGGGGCAGAAUGGUGCUCCAGGUGUGGACCAGGCCAGGUGGUCCUCAGGUGGCUGGACCAGGCCAGGUGGUCCUCCAGGGGGUGGGGCAGACCUGUCGUCCUCAGGGGACGUGGGGCCCAGGCAAGUGGUCUCCCAGGGGCAGCAAGACCAGAGCCAAGUGGACUACUCCAGGGGGUGCAAGACCAGAGCCAAGUGGCCCUCUCAGGGGUGUGGACCCAGGCAAGUGUGGGCCUCAGGGGUAUGGAUGUUCAAGUGGUCUCCAGAGGUAUGGACCAGGCCAGAGUGGUCACUCCCGGGGGGGUGUGGACCAGGCAAAUGGUCCUCCCGGGGACGUGGACCAGGCCAAGUGGUCCUCCCGGGGUGUGGACCAGGCCAAAUGGUCCUCCCGGGGACGUGGACCAGGCAAGUGGUCCUCCCGGGGGUGUGGACCAGGCCAGAGUGGUCUCCCGGGGGUGUGGACCAGGCAAGUGGUCCUCCCGGGGCUGUGUGGACCGGGCAAAUGGUCUCAGGGGGUGUGGACCCAGGCAAGUGGUCACUCAGGGGGUGUGGGCCCAGGCCAAGUGGUCCUCCAGGGGGGGUGUGGACCAGGCCAAAUGGUCCUCCCGGGGACGUGGACAGGCAAGUGGUCACUCCCGGGGGGUGUGGACCAGGCCAGUGGUUCUCCCCGGGGGUGUGGACCAGGCCAAGUGGGUCUCCCGGGGGGUGUGGACCAGGCCAGAGUGGACCUCCCCGGGGUGUGGACCAGGCCAAAUGGUCUCCCGGGGGGUGUGUGGACCAGGGCCAGGUGGUCCUCCAGGGGGUGUGGACCAGGCCAAGUGUGUGGUCACUCCCGGGGGUGUGGACCAGGCCAAGUGGCCCUCCCCAGGGGGUGUGGACCAGGCCAAAUGGUCCUCCCGGGGGCUGGGAGGCCGUGGUGCCUCCUGGACCAGGCCAGAGUGGCCUCCCGGGGGUGUGGACCAGGCCAGGUGA